AUGUCUCAUUCCUUACAAUAUCAAGCCUUUGGACGCCGUGUCAUUGAUCCCGCUGCGACAGUGGGACAGAUCAUGGAGAACCAUGGCCAGGACGCAAGCUCCAGUCUCUACGCCAUUCGUUCCUGGACGCAAACACGGCCAGAGAAUUUGGUCCAACAAACCGAAGCAGACUCCUCGGGGGCUCUCGAGUACCCGAUGCCAACCUCUUUGAGUCAAGAAGGCCUUAUGUCAGACUAUCAAUAUCCAGCAUAUCUGCCGGAUAACCUACCACUCUGUGACUCGGCUGCACCACACAACCUUGCCUUUGGUGCUUCCCUUUCUGCCUCCAUACCAGAUCACGGUAUUUCACCCACCGGUUUUCUUCAGCAGGAUGGGAAUUUCGACAAUAAUCCACAGUUCACUGUUCCACAGCUUGAGCCUGCCGCCGGUUCGAACACAUUCGAUUCCAGUACCCUUCCAAGUUUCUCGCCUCAUCAGUUGCAGAAUUUCGUCAUACCCUCGGAUAUCUAUAAUGCAAGGGAAGAUUUGGUCCAGAACAUCAGAGAUGCCACUGACUCCAGUGCUACCCUUGCGCAUCGCCUGCAACAAGCAGUUGAGCCGAGUUUUGCCCCUAACUCUGGGCAGAUUACACAUCCCAGAGGAUCAUUUGCCAAGGCUGGCAACUCCGAUAAUCGCAAGGCCUCACAUAGCACUUCUGCAACCGAGAUGUUCCAGGCUCGAAUCCUCCAAAGUCGCCAAGAUGCAACCUUCAGCUGCGUGAACGACUCCCAGAUCGAGUUUGACAGACUAUUCGAUUCUGGGCACAAAUAUUACCUUCCGGUGGACAACAAACAGCGAAGUUUGGAAAUCCAUCUCGGUCGAAUACUUCGUCAUAUCGGCCUGGGCUUCCCCCAAGCCCCAUUAAUUAAACCAAAGACCGUCUUGGAUCUUGGAACGGGAACGGGGGGAUGGGCGAUGGAAGGCAAGUCCCAUAGUUUUGGAAAGGAUCAUCUUUUUGAUACUGUCGCUCUGGGGUGA